UCCUAGCCUCCUAGGGACUGGGAUAACAAUAGAAACCUCGCAAUUUGGCCAUCUCUGCUUGAAUUGCACAGCCCGGCUUAGCGUGUUGGACAGACUCUUGGCCCCAAGAAAAUACAAACCCCGCAAUACAAACCCCCGUGUUAGUCGGACCCUCAUGAAAAGCUGGUUGAAUUGCACAGAGCCUUGCGAAAUGGCCAUCUCUGCUUCUAACCUCGCAAUUUGGGAAGAAAUCGAACGGUCCGAGAGCUACCUUGUGUCCUGCAUGUAUGAGGAAGCAGCAUCGACAGCCUCGUCUGUUCUGAGUGAUUUGUGCAAUAAUAAAUCUGCUGAAGUUGGUGAAGAAGCUCCAUUGAAUGACAUGUUGGAAUCGGCUGGUAUGGUGCUAGUUCAGUCCUUGAAGGAGCUUGGGAGCAGGACACAGGACGUAUUGAAUGAGCUCUCGCUGUUGUUUGGUUCAGUCACCACCAUCCCUGUUCAAGUUAUUCUUGCUGGGGUGUGUUUUCAGAUAUCGGAAGGUUCUUGUACAGGUUCUCGAGAAUUUCUCGAGGAAUUUCUUGGCAAGUGGAGAUUUGUCGAUGGACGAUACUAUGUUCUUGCCACUGCAGAAUCAAAUGUGGGUUGUGUAGAAGGAGCUGGUGGUCAUUUUGUGCUACAUGUUGAUGAGUACUUGGAAGUUGUUGAGGCAUAUGUUGUAACACUUGCGAUGGUUUUGAAAGAUAUAGGCCAUGCUAUCUCUUGGGUUGAGCAAGCCGAAUUACCUGAGGAAAAGCGACAGGAACUUUUGAGGAGAUUACAGAGUCUUUAUUCUCCUAAGCCAACUGGAUCAUCACAAGGCUCCAUUGUUGCUUUGCCGGAAGAUGAAAGCAAGCCUCAUUCUUCAUCUAUUAAAGAACAAUAUACAUCUGGGAGAUCUCCAGAAGCGUUGAAAACCCCGUACCCAUCGAAAGGAAAUACUGAUACGAAAGAAGUAAUUUUGAAAUUAUCGCAACAAAGAGUCUCUUGCUUUUGGUGGUUUCGUACUGUGACUCUGAAGUUUGGAAAUGGUCAGCUUCUCAUAUCAAAUGGGAAAAUUGUUCUGGGCUGUUUGAUGAUUCUCAUGUAUUACAUAUUGCGAAGGAAGCAGGCGACAGUGAAGAGGAUUCUAAGAAGACAAGCUUUGUCCAUGAAGAAGGCUUUAGUGGACUUGUGGCAGCUUGCAUUUUCUUACCAAGUGAACCCUCUAGCUGCUGUUCAACCCGUCCCAACUGCAACCCGUGGCAGCCGGUAACCGUGUUGUUUUUUUUCUUAAGUCUUGGCUUUUGGAUAACAGUGUUGUGCUUGUAUGUGGUAAGUAGCUAGUGUGGCAAAAGUCCUUAUCAAUCAUGCGACAAUGGGAGUCAUGGGACUCUAUAGAAUCCUUUCCUUUCAGAAAGUAGCCAGAUUUUAAUGGCAAUGUGAAGAAUUUCUUUUGGGCA